UGGGAUAUCAAUGGAAUAAAACAAAAUAAUGAAUGCUGGCUCUCAUACUUCCAUUCGGAGAAAUAAAACGUCCCCAAGAUUUUGCUAGUUUCGCUGGUCAGAUCUGCAGGGUCGGAAUUCCGCCCUAGGAAAAAAGGCAAAUAUCCCAGCCCAGGGAAAGAAGCUGUACUGUUGUUUUUUUUACACAGACACCCUGUGAGCAAUUGAUGGACAGAAACAUCAGAAAAAUCCAGAGCCCAAAAUAGUCCGGUGACGGUCUCCUUCUCUCCUCCUGUUCAAGAUCAGCGCAAAUCCCCCUCCCCUCCAGUGGAUUCCACACCAUCUGUGUGCCCGAUUUAGAAAUCAGAGUGGUUUUGUCCUUGCCAGAUCAGCAAGCGAACUCCAGGACGGCUGUAUCUUUGCAUAGGUGCCCUGAUUCCUGAGCUACGGUUUGGGCCCAGGGGAGCCCCCGGAAAGAUGCCAGAGGUCCCUGUCCGAUUGUGUACCUGGUCCGGCCACAGACGGCCAGUGUCUGCAAUCUUGACCUGGGCAUAGUCGGUUGGCACUGGCCGUCUGAUUCUUCCUGCAUGCAGCGUCUCAGAAUCCACCCAGCCACCGAGCAGCCAGCCGCCAGGAACAAGGCAGGAGUCCCCUUUGCAGGCUUGCUGAGUCUACUUCAGGAAGUUUUUGCCUUGGAUGUUGUCAAGACUGCCUCUGCGUCCUUUUCUAGCGGGAGGUGCUGAAUGCAGUCGCCGGAGCAGCAGGCGGCAUGGAGGCCCUUCGCAGAUUACCAGCCUCCGUUCCUGGAUGCCGUCCGUGUGCCGCCCUACGUUCUGUACUUGGUAAUGGCAGCCAUCAUCGUGGUGGUGGCUGCCUAUGCCAUUGUGGGCCACCUCAUCAAUGACCUGGUACAUGAUUUUGCUGACUGGGCUUUUGGCCUGAAAGUCGAGAAGAAGAACACUCUAGACCAGGACUUUACAGAACGUGGCCUUCAGACCAUAGAGAUUGUCCUCGAGAGACAGGAAAGCAAAUUCUCUCCAGCAGUGGAAUGUCAGGACUGGCCCAUCUCCCGGCUCUUGCCUGGGAUGGAAGUGAGCACAGCGCCAUCCUUGGCCACUCAGCACCCUUUUGUCUCCAUCCUGGGCUAUGUUGGUGAGAGAUCUGGCUAAAGGGAUCCUGGGAAUUUGGCGUGCGGGGGAGAAGGCGCAGCUGCAGACCUGGCAGAUGCAUCAUCGUUGGACUGCUAUGUUUCCUAGGUCAGAUCCACUAUGGCAGCAUUCCUGUAAAUUGACCCAGGAUGAGAGCUUAUGUUUAAUUGCAAAUAUCUGGCACAGGGAUGCCUGUAACUUUAAUGGAGCAACUAGUCUCGUGGACUAACGUGAGCCUGCGAAAAAAUGUUGAAAUUGCUGUC